AUGGAGGUCGAGUCCGGAUCAGAACGAUUUCGCGUUCCUAAAACUUCUUUUCAAGAAAAUGUUCUGGUGAAUGACGCCGUUCCAGCUUCAACUAAGUAUAAAAACAAGUGGGCUGUAAGCAUUUUUGCCGAUUGGCAUAGGUUACGAGAGGUUCAAGUUCCGGUAUUAGAUUGUGGUGGUCUCUUCAAGGACUACGAUUUACACAAGGUUACCGCUCUAAGCGCAAAUAUUGCCGGAAUGGAUGCUCUGUCGCUGAACUAUUGGUUGUCAAAAUUCGUGAUGGAGGUAGCUAAAAAGACUGGUGGAAGGUACCCUCCCAAGACUGUUUAUGGUAUCAUUUGUGCGCUCAAGCGUUGGAGGAGAAAAAAUAGAUCCGAAUCCUCUUUGACGCUAGUGACAAAAGGUAAUUGA